AUGCUCUCUGAGCUUCUUAUCAGUCCUGUUGCCCUACUUCUGGGCUCGUGUGUCGUCUACUGUCUGGUAUCGUUCAUCCAGUACUGCCGUCGUCUCCCUAACAUUCCCGUCAUCGGAGCGCGCAAGGACGACUGGUUCCCCAUCUUUCAAGCAAAAUGGCGCAACACGUUGAACUUCAAGGCUGCCAUGGAGCAAGCCUACACGCAGCAUCGCGACAGCGCCGUCAUUCUCCCCGUCGUUAGUGGGGGUGACAGCGUCAUGCUGCCGUAUUCCGAGAUAGAGUUUGUCACCGAACAGCCAGAUUAUAUACUCAGCUUCAAGGAGCGCGCCGCCCAGAUCUACCAGACUGAUCACACAUUCAUGAACCCGAGGAUAAAUAGGGCGGCGCGCUAUGAUACCAUUAUCCGAACGGUUAUGACGCCUCAGGUCGGGAAUCUGAUACCCGCGCUAUCAGAUGAGGUAAAUUGGGCUUUUGAUGAGUACUGGGGCACCGACACAUCCCAGUGGAAGGAGGUAUGCGUCUUCGAAACGGUGCGCCAUAUCGUCGGCACUGUUGCGAAUCGCGCCGUCGUUGGUGCUCCGUACUGCAGGGACCCUGGGUUAGUGAAGAAUGGCAUGGCUUUUGCUAUAGAUGUGCCCUUUAGCGCCUCGAUUUUAAAUCUUUUCUGGGAGCCAUUACGGCCCUUCAUCGCCCCUUUCGUCACCAUUCCAAACCGUAUCCAUACGCAACGGUUCCGGAAAAUCGUCCUGGGGGAGAUUGAAAAACGAUUGCGUGACUACGAUACACGUCGAGCAAAUCCAGAUGAUAAAUCGCUUGACCCCGAGCCUAAUGAUUUCCUCCAGUGGGCGAUCCAGCAGGCAAAGGCAUCUGGUGACCCAUACAUGUGGCGGAGCGAGACUCUGGCGGAUCGUCUUCUGAUCCUCAACUUUGCUGCCUUGCAUACAUCAUCUCUCUUCGCGACAUGGGCUAUGUUCGACCUUGCAUCGUGUGAACCCAAGGUCCUCGAUGAGCUGCGCGAAGAGAUCACAUCGGUGCUUGCCGCGCAUGGCGGGCAGUGGAACAAGCGGGCAGUUGCUGAGCUCGAGAAGCUGGACUCUACCAUGCGCGAGAGUGCGCGGUUGAACUCGGUCCUCGCCGUGGGUCUCAGGCGUGUUGUCCUCGCCGAUAAUGGGCUGACUACACCGUCCGGCGUGCACCUACCCAAAGGAACGCACAUCUCUGUACCAGUCUACCCCGUCAUGCGGGACGACGGUCUCUACGCUGACCCUAAUACAUUUAUGCCAUUUCGGUUUUCUGAACUGCGCCGUAAACAACAGCAACGCCUUGAAGGAGGAGGAGACGAAGACAAAGAACAAGAGAGUAAUCAAAUUAACACGAAGCGCAUCCCUAAUAAUUUCACAGCCACCGGUCCUGACUUUCUCGUCUUUGGCCACGGGAAGCACGCCUGCACCGGCAGACACUUUGCCGCUACCAUGCUGAAACUCAUUCUUGCUGAGGCUCUUUUGAAAUACGAUUUCGAGAGACACACCGAAAAGGUAGAGGGGCCGUGGUAUGGAGAUUUCCGCCUCCCGCCGAUGAAGGCUUGCAUUAAGAUCAGGAGGAGAGAGACACCAGCGUAG